AACUCACUUCCUCCUAUUUUUGAUACAAUCAUGCAUCCAUACCGACCCCUUUUUGGUGUCCCCGCAAGACCCACGAACCCGAACACAACCCAACCGCAAAACCCGUAUAACCUUCAAGACAUGGACCCGAGCUUUUUAACGUACGCGGCUUACUUGAGUGGCGCCACUCCGUUUGUGCCUCCCCCUUUCGGCUAUGGUCAAGCCGGCGGGUCGCAACCGUCACAACCCGAAUCCGAACCCGAUGUCGAUGUCGUGCCGGAGACGCAACCCGAACCGGUGCAAGAUAAAUCGAAACGCGGCAAAAGGUCGCAUAAGAAGAAGGAAAAAGACGAACCUCGGCGUACAAAAAAUAUCAUUAAAUGGACGAAGGAAGAGGAAUUCACGUUGACUCGGGCGUGGCUCGACAUUUCGGAGGACGAAGAAACCGCAAACUUUCAAACGGGCCCCGUUUUUUGGGAUAGGGUCCGUGCACUCUUUUUUAGCACGUGGGGUCAAGGCGAACAUCGGGACAAAGAUUCCAUUUCUAGCAAAUGGACCGACAUCAACAACAAGUCUCACGCGUUCCAAGAAGUUUACCAACGUAACUACGAUACUCGCCCGAGCGGUGAAAGUGACAUCGGGGUUUUAACGAGGACUUUGGAGGAGUUCGAGAGGACGAAAUGCCCUUUCACGUACUAUAAGUGUUGGGAGCUACUACGAAAAAGUCCAAAGUGGGCGGUAGUUAAUCCAAUGACGUCUAGUAGUAGACGUCGAGCUAAAAGGUCAAAAACAUCAUCCUCCAUUGACCCGUCAACUGCGACAUCGGAUGCCCGCAAUGUUGAUUUAAAUGAGGCGGUGGACGUUGACGAGGAAGUUCAAGAAGAGUUGGUCCGACCCACCGGUAGAAGAAAGGGAACCGGGAAAAAAACGGUCGAGUCGUCUUCCGAUCUUGAGUUAAAGGAAGAUUUCGAGGAGAUGAACCGUCGUCUCCAAGACAUUCGCGACCUCGGCCACCAACGUUAUGAGAUUAUGAAAGAACGAGUGGCCGAAACCAAAAAGUUUAACGAGAUGCAAGAGGCGAGGCAAAUGGAAAAGGACAUUGAGUUUUUGUCCAAACCUAUCGACCACCUACAAGGCGAUGCGUUGAUACUUGCCAAAUGCGUCGCCAAAAAAUUAGAGAAAAAUAUGGACUCUAGAUGA